AUGAGGUUCCCGCAGUCAUCGAACAUUAGGCUGGCUUCCUAUACAAGUGUCCUCCUGGCAGCCCGUGCUGUCGUCUCUCAACCGACUGGAGGUCACAGCGAUGCUGUCUCUCUGAACAUACCAAAAACUGCACCUGGCGCAUCCAUAGAACACGACCCUUCCUUCGCAUCUUUCUCGUUCGAACCUGCGUUUUGGGUAGAGUUCUUUGGCAACUCUAGCAGCCCCAACCAGCUCGCUUUCAACCUACUCAAUCGUAUCGUGGAUCAUGGUGGCCAACCAACGAUCCGGCCCGGAGGCAUUACAAUGGACUCUAUGAUAUUCGACCCAGCAGGUGCAGACCCAGUUCGCACCACAAAUCCGAAAGGUGGCGUCUAUCGUACUACAGUCGGACCUGCCUACUACGAGAGCUGGUUGAACUUCCCUGAGGGUACCAAGUUCGUCUCCACGCUGAAUUUUGGCAACAAUUCCCUCGACAUUGCCAGAGACAUGGCGGUUGCCUCUGUGAAAUAUGCAAGCAAUGAUAGUAUCAGCUUCUUCGAGCUUGGCAAUGAGCCUACAAACUACCCGAGCUCGAGAUGGAAGAAUAGUACCGCAGCAUACGUCCAGCAAUGGAAGAAUUGGACAAACCAGAUCGAUGCAGCCGUCAACAGAACUUUGGGCAACGAUUCAGCUGCUGAAUUUGGCAGUGAGCGCUGGUGGGCAUCAUCUGCGACUACUGACAAGAGUGGUCUGGAAGUUCGACCUGCUGCUCUUAUUCCUGCCGGUAUCAAUUCGGACGAUCAGGUGGCCGACUACUCCAUACACUCAUAUCCAUUCUCGACCUGCGACCCAGCUCGAGCGGUGUUGGCUACCACCCAGAACAUCCUUAAUCAGACCGAGCUUGCACGCUAUGCUGAUGAAGAGAUCUAUCCCUCUGCCAAGGCUGCACUUGACGCAGGCAACCGCUGGAUCAUCGGCGAGUUCAACUCCAUCUCGUGCUCCGGCAACCCUAACGUAUCCGACACUUUCGCACAAGCUCUGUGGGUAAUUCAGAGCGAGCUGAUAUAUGCCGCACGUAAUGCUUCAGCUGUUUACCUGCAUCAAGGAGCAGCGCUAGUGUUCCAGAGCAGUCAGCAGGUCAACUCCGCGGGCCAAGAUGGUUCUCCAGGCUACUCAACCUACGACAUGUUCUACCCUCGCAACAGCGAAAAGCGUGGUCCCGCAAGAGUCCUGCCCAGCUUCUCCAGCCAGCUCUUCAUGGCCGAAGCAUUUGCCAUUCAAGACACGCGCAUACGUCAGAUUGAGACUCCCUCAGGCGUUGACAAGGACUAUUUCGCAGCAUACGCUUUCUAUGUCAAGAAUAAACUCAACAAGCUGGCCAUCAUUAAUUCGAAGCCUUACUACGCCAACUCGACUAGUGACUUCACUGUCACUUUGGACAUCUCCAAGUAUGGACACUCGAAGAAGGGGACCAGAGCUUGGCUGAAGAGAUUGACUGCUCCUCAUGUCGAUGAAGGAAGCGCGAACAAGACCACCUUUGCUGGGCAGUCGUUUCCGCAGGGCAAUGCCACCGGUGAUCUGGAUGUAGAGAGUGUUGGACGUGAUGGUAUCAUCAAAGUUAGAGGAAGCGAGGCAGUGCUGGUCUUUUUCGAUAAGCGUGAUGCAAACAUGAAUGCAUGCUAGUCAAAAAGCAAGUUGAUAUGUUGAAAGUUUAACAAUCCAAGCACAU